AUGAGCAACUACAACAACACCAACCCUCAACAGCCAUCAUCGGCAUACACCGCCCGGAAGCAAGACGAAUACCACCCUUUGCAGAACCAACAGCAAUACAACGGCAGCAGUGCUGGUCAGGAUCAGCAUUAUGAGCCGAACAAUGUAGGAGGACAGAUGGAUUCGGCGGGAAGACCCAAGAAGAGGAACGUAAUCACUGAAGCCUGGUCUGGGAUCACACUCGGCGCUCAAGCUGUCCAAGGAGGCAUCUCAAACGUUGAGAAAGGUGUUAACCAAGUGGGUGACAAACUGGUGAAAGCGCCGGUUAUCAAGCAAGGAGCUUCGUUCUUUGCGGAUUACCGCAAGUUCAUGGACCGUGGCAACGUCAUGGACCUUGCUGUCGCCGUUAUUAUUGGUGCUGCCUUCACUGCUAUUGUCACUAGUUUGGUCACGGACAUUAUCACGCCUUUGAUCGCCAUCGCUACAGGAAAGAACCUCGAGGAGAACUUCGUCAUCCUGCACCGUGAUCCUCGCGACCCUGACACACCUUUGCCAACGAGGGCAUUUGCAAAGGAGCAUUUUGCGGUGACAUGGAACUGGGGCAACUUUGUGCAGACGGUCAUCAACUUUUUCAUCAUCUCUGGUUGCGUCUUUAUCAUCGUCAAAGUGUACGAAGUGAGCAGGAAUUCUAAGAAGGAGGUGACAGAGAAGAAGUGCGAUUACUGUCUGAAGAGCGUCCCAUUGAACGCUGUGCGUUGCCCCAACUGCACGACAUGGCUUGAUUGGGAUGCAUGUGCCAAGGUCGCCAACAUGGAACGCGUUGCCGCUGCCUCUAACGGAGGUCAUUCGCCCUUUGCCGACCAGACUUCUCACUUCUGA